GUUGCCAAGUUCCCCACCCUACUCUGUGCCCGCCGGGGGCUCUUUCCCGGCACAGAAGCAGGAAACCAGGGGAGGAGCAGAGAGAGAGGACGAAUCCAGGAGUCAGCCGAGGGAAGCAUCCUAUGGGGAGGCAGGAGAAGCCGCCAUGCUGUGCUUGGGCUUUGCUGGGGAAGAAGGGCUUAUGGCAGGCCACACUCUUCAAAGCCUCCAUCCUGAGUUCUUGCUUCCUCUGGACUCAAGCCCAGGCCAAGACUGGAAUACCUAUCAAAGUUGAACCAGAAAUACCGCAAGAAGGACAGAGUGUCACUUUAACACCAGGAGAUAUUGAUGUGACCACACUUCGUAGCUGCAAAUGGUACCGAGGGUCAAGUGCUGAUGAAAAUCGAAUCUUCACCUAUUUCCUAGCUCCGAUGAUUUCACAGAAAAACGAAUCUGCUUUCACCGACAGGGAGACCGGGAGAAGAGACUGUUCCCUUCGUAUCACAGAUUUAACACCAAGCGACUCUGGAACCUAUACUCUGGAACCAGAAGGGCCUCUGGAACACAGAACAGGGGCUAUCAAUAUAACCGUCCCAGAUUCUGCUCUGCUGGAAGCAGGAGUCAUUUCUCGGAUUGUCGUUGGGUCUCUGGUUGGGCUGACGUUGUUUGGAACGCUGCUUUGUGUCUUAUUCUGGGCCUGUCGCCUGAGAUUUAAGUCUUCUGCCUCUGUCUCUGCGCCUCCUUUACCUGAUGAUGUUCCCUUUUCUGCACAGCACUCAAGUUUGCUAUUAGAACUAGCCAUAUUCAGAAUUCAGCACUAG